AUGAGAAGAGAAAUCGAAAACCAAGGGAAAACCCGGUAAGAAUAACUGUGGAGUUUCUGAUGCUAAAUUCGUUAGCGGGCUAACAAGGUGCUAAAUUGGACACUUCCUGAAACACCUAUCAGCUUAUAUACAAUUUUAUCACAUUUAAGGUCAUUUGUAAGGACUUUUCGGACUAACAACUGUAACCACUGAUGAUAUUAUGCUCCUAAUUAGAGCUAGUAUGUAGCAGGGACAAUAUUAACCUGUCCUUUCUGUCGGUUUCUAAGACAGCGUGAUGUUAACUGUUGCUACUGCUAGCUUGAAGUCCAUUCACUGUCUCUAACAUAAGCACUUAUACACACAGGAGGCUGGUCACCUUGUAUAAAUUACACUGUUUUCUCCCUAGUGUAAUGCCUACUUUUGUCAGUGGAUAACGCAGAAUAUUGAUGUUGUGUUAACUAGUAACAUGCUUUCAGUUUCAGCUCGAUGUUUAGCAACACACCCCUCAUGCUGGGCCCAUGUUGUCACCUAACGUAGCAUGUCGUGAUUGGUAGUUAACCCAAAGUUAACAAACAGGUGUAUUACCCAGGAGGAUUGAAAAGUGUUAGCUCUGCAACGCUUUCACUCUCAUCUUCGGUUUUUCCUCUUGGUUGCUAUGGUGCGGUGUUGUUUACAAUGCAAUGCAGCCACGAUAAUCGAUGCUGAUCGGCUGUUUUUCCUCUGUUUUCCGAUUUCCAGCAGACCACUUGCAGAUAACACCCCAAGAAAUAAAGGUGGGUCAGUGUCUCAGUGUUGAUGUCUGUUAGGAUGCACCCCAUUACAGUGGGUUAAACAAGAGGCAAUACAUUUUUAAAGGCUGGAGAGUUGAUUGAAAAAAAGUGUCACAUUUGUUAAACCUGCCUAAAGAUAAAUUAUGUUAUCUGCAAAAUACCAGGACUGGUCAGAUUUCCAUUGUGAAAAACAACUUGUUAAAUUGUUUGAGUUGUGUGUUUUUGAGGUAUCAGGGCCACAUUGUUUUUGGGUUGAUUUUUAAAAUAAAAAAUAAUGAACUGUAAAAAGGCAUGCUGGCCUGCAGCUCUUGUUUAUUUUUAUCGUGUUUAGUCGAUUUAUAUCUUAUGAAAGAGGGGCAGACUCUAUAGGAUUUUUCUUCUUUCUGCUCCUUUUCAGUCACAUGUUUGAGAUUUUUCCUUGUUUGUAUUGAAUGUUUUAAAUAUUACCUGAAUGAAAGAAAGUAUGAAAAUAGAAAAUGCAAUGAAAAUAAAGACUUAGAGAUAUAAGUCAUUAAUGUACGAGAAUAAGUCAUUACUAACAAGAAUAAAGUCAUAAUCUACUACAACUACUAAUAUACUUGUAAUGAUAUAGUGCUGAAGAUCAAUUAUCUCCUCGUUUGAGAAACCUAUAUUGAUUUUCACAAAAUGAUCCAUGGCUCUCAUUUCAACAACUGUCAUCUUAAACAACAGGUUAUAAUAUAAGGACUUUAUUCUGACUUUACUCGCUUAAGUGAUUACUUUAAUAUGACUUUAUUCUCGUUGGAAAUGACUUUAUCCUCAUAAGUUAAUGAAUUUAAUCUUGAAGUCUUAUAUUUUUUUCUUAUUGUGGUCCUAAUACUCUAUUGUAGAAAUGAGCUUGACUUUGAUCGUGAAAGAUGAAGUAAAGGCGCUGUUCGGCUUUGUGCUCAUAAGAAUGUAGUGACAGGAAUUCAGUGUAAUGUUGGUUCACUUAUGGUGGUGAGAUAUCACACCACUUCCCAACCCUUGUUAACAUUUUGUACGUUCAAUAACAUAAAUGUGUCAGACCUGAGAUGAUAAGAUGAUAAUGUAUAUUGUCUUGUUUUUUUAGUGAAUGCACUCCCGUCCCAAUUCAAAUCUUUUGUCCAGGAGAGUCCAAUGAAGCCCUCGCAGGUCCCUAACCGGCUUCCUCACCCAGCACCCAGGACCAUGUUGCCACCCCAAACACACCACUACCCGGUAUCCCCUCGCCAGAUAUCUUUUAUGAUGUACUAUGUAAAACAUUGAAGGCAUUUUCACACCUGGAUUGUUUGGAGACAUUGUACUGCAUCAUAUUAGCUCUUUUUUUUUUACUCUCCCUUGACGGGUUUGUUUGGACAUCUGUGUACACAGCAGUCACGCUUGGAUGUAGGGCAGAACAGUCAUGGCACGCAUCCAUUCGAAUGCUGUAGUGGUUUGUUUGCUGUAAUGCAAUCAAGUCAUCACUUGCUUGAGUCCUCACUCUUGAAGUUAUAUACUAGUCAGAACAUAAGCAGUCGGGCAGCUGGAUAUUUUUCAUAACCGAUGGCUUAAUAUUGUAAUUUCCGUUCUGGGGAUCAGUAAAGUACUAUCUUAUCUUAACAUCUGUAUCCAUCUACCCAACAUCAGCAGAAAAGCUGGUGCCAGGCAUUGCUACACCACAAGAAUACAACGAAAUCUACUAAACCAACAAACUGAUUAGUUUUGAGAAUUGAGUCCAGCUUGAUGGACUGAAGGAAAGUCGUCCUUCUCAUCCCCUCCACUUUUUUCCAAGCUGAUGUCUUACCUUGUCUACUUCUGUCUGAGUGUUUUGGCUUGGCAGAGCUGUGAGAGCCAUUUGUUUGUGGCAUCAUGAAGUUGCAUUCCCAUUAUGCAAAGUGCGACCAGUAAGCUUGAUAUUUAUUUACCUACUGUAUGCAGUGGGGAGAUGAGACUGUGAGGUCAUAAUAUAAGGAUAGUCCCAUAUUAGCAUCUGUUUUGGCCCACUUAAUAGUAUUGCAGUGCGAGCACAAAACAACCUAAGGGGAAAAUAAAGCCUAGAUGCUACAUUCGAGUUACUUCGGAAGUCAGAUGUUGGAGCUGAAAAUGACAUCACACCCGAGUUACCAGCGUUUCAGUUACGAAUAAAACAAGGACGAGGCAACGGCUAAAAUAACUUUCGUAGAUGAAGCCAUCUUGUUUCCGCCUCCGAUUUUGCUUUUUCUGUAAAAAGCAAAAUCGACUUGGGAACUGAAACGCUGGUAACUCGGGUGUGACGUCAUUUUCAGCUCCAACAUCUGACUUCCAAGGUAACUCGAAUGCAGCAUUAUUCUCGUCUUUUAGGCUGCUCUCAUGCUUAGUCUUUAAUAAAAUCUUAUUUGAUAAUAUAUGUCUUGUUUUAAAAUUUUGUGAAACCAUCCUCUCUUUUCUUUUUCAGGACCAACGACAUAAACAGACACCUCCAAGUGAAAAGUUGAUUCCAGGCAAUAAUCCAAGUAAGUCAUUUGAAUACGCAAUCUAAUACAUAAAGUAUAAUCGUUAAAAUCAGAGGAGCAUACUACCCUGAAAGAUCUGAUAUAAAGAAUAAAAUCAAAGUAUUGCAACAGAACAUAUAGAAGCAAAGGUUGCAAAGUGUUAACACACUGAAUAUCAACAUUCAGAGCAGACUCAUGAAAAUAAUCUGCAGAAAUAUUGUCCUUACUGAUCGAGGCUUCUUCUAUUAACACCCUUUUUUUCAUGCAUCGUUUUGGUUUUGAUGACAGAUUGCAGUGGGCUUAAAAACUUUGUAAAUCCAAAUUUUUUGCUCUAGAGAGUAAUCUUUUUUUUGUCUCUAGUGGUGGACUUGAAUCGCAAUCUGAAGAGACGGAGGGAAUCUGAGGACUCCAACCACAGUGUUGUGAAACUGCACCGGCAGGGUGAAAACUCUUGGAAAGUGCAGACACCAAAGCCUCCCGUGGGGAACUCACUCAGCGCUUCACUGGUGUCACAACCAUCACUGAGGCAGUCUCUAGGUGUUGAGCAGACACCGAAACCCACAGACUGCUCUCAUCGGAAGGAAGCAGUUUGUGGCGUGCAAAAUUCCCCAGAGCCAUCGCCCAAACUUAAAGGGACCCCGCCCCCCUGUGCAUCGCCAACACUUGAACUUUGUUUACAGAAGCAACCAGCUAUGGGGGCAAAGCAAGCUUAUGUCGAACACACUCAGAAUGAUACUCUGAGACUGAUGGUUUUAAGUUCGUCCCCAAAGCAAGAAGAAGAAAGUUUGAAGAAAAAAAGGGAGGUGAGUGAUAAAACGGACAAACCAAGCACUUUGUUUUCUUUAAAAGACAAUUGUAGCUCGCCUUCCUCUCACUCAGAGAGCCACCACUCUGCUGAGACUCAUCGAAGUAAAUCAGUCUCAAGCAAAUGUAAACAAGGCGAGGAGAACAGAAAGUCUGCUAAUUUCACUCCCAAACAAACCUCUAAACCAAGUCCAGAUUCUAAGAGUUGCUGCGCAGUAAAAAGAAGCAAAUCAGGCCCCUCAAGAAGACGUGUUUCAGUCACAGAUAAUAUAGAUGACCUCUUCACCCCUGAUCCCAUGACAUAUGUUGUUAGCCCUGCUCAUAAAACUCUCAAGCCAAAGAUAGAAGGGGGAGUGAACAGAUCCUCUACCUCAGAGAAAAAUGGUUCAUCCAGCACUGUAACCAGCUCUGCUGCUGGAUCCUCAGAUGGAAAAACACAAAAUGACACAAUAACUUGUUCUCCUCAUGCAGUGGACACAAACAUUUCUUUGCCAUCACCGGAUCAAGAGCACCAAAAUCUCUCUGGCCCAUUUUUAAUGUUAAACCGGCUGAAGCCUGAUGGCCUCAGUUUGCCUCAAUGCAAAGACGUUAAACUCAAAAACGGUCAUACUCUUUCUUUGAGCAGUCACCGCAAGGAUAAGACUCUCAAAUCUAACGAGAAACACAAGUCUCCUCCGUCAAACACUGUGAGAGCACGCACUUUAGAGACUGACUCUGCCGCCUCUGGACAAUCUCACAAAAGUCUUUGUACACAGCCUGCGCCGGUGAAGAGGCAGGCGAGUACGGACGGGAUACGGCAGCUGAACCAAGUGGAUCCUACCGAUGUGGAGCUGGACCUAGACCUGAGCUUGGCGUUAGACCUAGAUCUAACCCAGAGCUCCCAUAGCAGCGACGACGAGCAGCUGCUGUCCUUGCAGGAGAUGAUGGCGCAAGCUACCAGGCCCCCAGAUACACCAGAGAAGGGAGCUUUCUCAGAGCCGGGAACACCUGCACAGCGCAGCUGCAGGCUCAGAACUGUAAGCUCUAAGUGGUUUGUUUUUAUUGUACAUUACACAUGAAUUUCUUUACAUAUCAUAAAAAACCUAGUGGGAUGAAAAAGCUGUUAAACUAGACUUGAAAUCUGUAUCUCUUUUUGGAUUUUCAUUGUUGUCUUCCACAGCAGCAUUUGCCGCCAACCACAAAAUCAGGCAACUACAAAAACAGCCUUGAUCAGAUGCUGAAGGAAAUCGACACCAACAGAAAGUAUGAUUAUCAGAAAACGUGAUACAAUUCACUGUAUAACUGGAGUCCCAGCAGCUGCACAUGAGAAAGUUAACUUUCUCCACAUCCUUCAGAUUGAAAGAGAUUGAGACACAGCUCCUGACGGCAUGUCAAGAGGACCUGUUGAGAAUGGCUGAAUACGAGGAGACCGAGGAAAACCAAGAUGAUGGCAUCUCCACAGAACACCAGUAAGGCACACACACAAGCGUGCAUCAACACCCUGUACUCUGACAAAAGCUGUAAAUCUAAAUGUUUGAGUUUUGUGAUUUCUUAUCCAGGGAGUUCCUGCAGCGAUUCUCGUUGAUGUCUUGUGCAUUCAGGGAGGUUCCUCCAGGAGAAGUGGUGUUCAACCUGGAGAAAUUUGGCCAGAUCUUCAGUCACGAUACGCUACAGCUCAGACACUGCAUGCUCAACCCAGUGGGGGCAGCUCAGAAAACGCUUCUUUGGUGAGUUGUUUUCGACAAACACCGGCCAUAAGCAUUCACUGAAACACAGCAAGGACACUAAACUUGGCGGGCGAUUUGGCUCCUGGCAAAGAGCGGUAACAACAAAAAAACACUAACAGGUCGUUCGUUCUGCACAGCUGUGUUUGCACAGCUGCAAAAACACAAGUGCUGAUCUUUGACUGACAGAAAGUGUGUCAACUGAGAGAAUCUCAGAUUUAAAAGAUCAACUUGUUGAUAAAAGCCUUAAUAUUUUACACAACACCAAAAAAGACUGUUUAAAAAGGAGGAACUUUCUUUACUGAACAGACAAAGACAAUUUAUAGGAUUUUUGCACAGGAGACAUCUUAUCAUCUAUUUAACUGUUUGUAUUCAAAAGACGUAAAGACGUACACUGUAUGCCACGAUUAAUGAGACAACCAAGCUUCUGUCUUUCAACCACCUGCAUAAAAAUAGAGGUAGAUGUGAAAUGUAACAGUACAAUAAGAUCCAGCACCUUCUUCAGGGGGGUUUUGAUCGUAUUUAUUGUAUAUUUUCUCGAUUAAAUAGGUUUAAAUAACCAAACUCUUACCUCCCGUCUCUCUCUCUCUCUCUCUCUCUCUCUCUCUUUCUUCACUUCUGUGUUUCUGCCCUCUUUCAGGUCCAGCCCUGCUCAGCUGAGAUUGCACAUAAAUAUUGGAUUGUUCCAUGAGGCCUACGGCUGUCAUUCACCCUGUCCGACUCAGGUUACCCGUUUUCUAUUCAAGGUAGGUCUGACACAUGCCAGUUUCUUGUCAGGAGGGUUUCCUGUCAGUGAGUGUAUCGUGGUUUUUAAUGUCGGAUAACCUUUUCAGAUGAUGUCAGUCCAUAAUGAGAGGAUGCUGUCUCAAAAUCUACUGCAGACUCUCUGUGACAUUGCCAGCACUGCCGCUUAUCAGAUAGGUAAGUGUAACUCCUGAGGCUAAGUGUGUAUCAUCACAGCUGUUUGGAUGAACUAACAUUCUCUUUGCUUUGUUUCCUCAGUGAAAAACAAAAGGCAGGAGUUUGAAGUGUGGGUACCCAGUCUGGCUGAUGUGGCUCUGGUCCUGAUGAACAUGGGAGCUUCGUUUGUGACUCUCUUUCCUUUUGAGCAUCUGCAGCCUCCGUUCACUGAGGGAGAUUUGCUGUAAGUUACGUUUUUCUUUGUUUAAUUAUGUUUUUUAAAUGUUUUUUCAUUCAACAUGCUGAAUUUGUGUGUUUGUACAGAGAAGACAUCCCUAUCAAAACAGAGAGUUCACCCCGCGACGAAGAGCAGAGCAUUUUCCCUGAGCACAACUGCAUCAACAUCCUGAAGGUGAGGCACAGUGGGAAUGAGAAAUCUGAGAGGAACAUUUUGUUUUCAUGUUUCUCAGAGAGAGGGUUUAAUAGAGAGGUUAUUACUUAUUGCUGUGAGUCAUUUCUCCAUAUGUUCUGUGUGCAGUAUUUGUCUUACUGCAUGGGCCUCUGUCCACGGGCCUACAGCGACGACGAGCUGCUGUUGAUGCUAACAGUGGUGGGGAAGGUGGGUCUGGACCAGCGGCUAAUCCUCCAGUCCCCCUUGGAGAUGUAUCCUCUGCUCUACAAGGUUGUCAAUAACUUCAGGGACUGGAACGUCAUGGUCAGUAAAUCCACACGACACGCUGAUGUAAUUCAAUGAAAGGUAUCCUGCAAACGCCAUCACAUGAAAUGCAGUGAACUGUGGCUCUCUGUCAUGACAGAUCUUGAUAGCAGUUUGUUACGAAUCAUAAAUUUUUGGAGCAAAAGUGUAUCGAAUAAAAUGAUUCACUCAAUAAUCUUGGAGAAUAUUCACUCAUAAAAAUCUGACAAAAGAACUUGAAAUCUGAUCUGUGUGAGUAAUGUCCUUUUUCUCUUGAUAUCAGCUGCCCAGGGUCUGUUCGGCUCUCACUGAUCUGACAGAUGAUCACCACAACAUGUGCCUGCUCAUUCAAAUGCUGCCUGACAACACACGCGGAAAGUAAGUCGAAAGUAAAUUCCAUUUUUCCCUUUUAAAAUCUUUUUAUUCUGUGUUUUAGGAUGUAACCGUAUCUUAAUGUAGAGGGUCGAACCAUGGGUGCACGAAUAACAUUUCAACAAUUUGAGUUGCUUUCAUGAUUCCUUGAAGACGUUUUGAUAAAGUUUUGAUCUAAACUAAGAAAAAAUACUGUACAGAGUCUCGCCUUAGUCGUCUUCUGAUCAUUUAGCUGCAAAAAGCACAAAUAUUGGCUGUGAAAAUCCUGAUAGUAUCACUCCCACAUCCUGGAAAAUUCCACAAAUCCUCAUAUUACAGUUGAUCCCAUUGUCUUGUCAGAUUCUUUGAUUCUGUCCAUGUUCCCACAUUGCAGAUCGUAUAAAUCACAGGGCCUCACUCAUAAUAACUCUUUCUCACUGUUUGUUCAUAAAGGCAACUGCGUCGACAUCUAAGCCUGUCCAUGAUCUCCAAACUGUUGGAUGGACACUGUACUUACACUCCGACAGACAGCGAGAUUCAGGUGAGUACCAGUGUGGAACCUGGACAUAGUUUCUACAUCGUUUAAGCUCAGUGUGAAACAUUUAUGAAAUGCCUACGUCUCUAAAGUCAUGUCCUUGUACUCUACCUUAUCAGCUGUCUGAGCUGAGGCGGUUCCUGCCCCGCAUGCCGCCCUCCACCCUUCUCCGACAAAUGCUAAAGAGUCAAAGGGAUAAAGAAGACAUGGCGAUGUUGGACCAACAGGUGAUCAUGCGGUUCAUGUUUAAAACUUCAAAAUGGUCCGGCGUGCUUAAUUAUAUAAGAUUUGUUUUAAUCUUGUUUUUGUAGUGAGUAAAACAUUAAGCCCAUAAUCUGAGCUGAAUUUUGUUGGGAGUGGAUUUUCUUGUUAUUCUAAUGUUUUUUUUUUUGUUGUUGUUCAUUUCAUGUCUGUAUUUUUCAGUCCUACUACCUCUGCUACAGCCUUCUCACCUUGGUGAAGGAAGCUUCUAAUUUUCAGUUCUUCCCAGCUCAUCAAAAGGUACUUUUUUUUUUUUGCUGUUGUCUGUUGUGAAGUAAUUUGUUGGUUUGUGACGUGCUGCGUUAUAGUUAUUUUGUGUCUUUCUGUGCCGCCAGGAGCAACUUCUGAUCCUGUCCUCUGAGCUGGAAAUGCACGUGAAGUGUGACAUCCGAGAGAGUGAGAAAUGUCUCUACCGGAGCAAGGUUAGUAUUACAGCGAUAAGGAGUUUGAGCAUUUGUGUGUGUCAUGAUGAAGAUGUCAUAUAAAUGUUAAACAUCUUAAAAAUGUAUUGACUCUACAUAAAUAAUGUGUCAUAGGAAUAAAGAUUGAUUUGAAGUAAUGUAAAAUGUUCUGAUUUCCCUUCGCGUCUUUUGUACUAUUUUUUUUUUACCAGUAUGGAUGUUAAAUGGGUCUUAAAUUGUAUUCGUCAGGGUCUUCAAAAAGUCUUGAGAAGUCUUAAAUUUGACCUCCUGAAACCUGCAGAGACCCUGUUUGUGAAUGUUAACAAUUUUAAACCUUGACCUCGAUUUCCUUUAGUUUAAAAGUAAAUUAAAGCAGAGUAUGAUUGAAAAAUACAUACAAAAGUGAUUUUCGUUUUUCCACACUUAGUAUAUUAUAUAUGGGUAUGGUACACAUGAGAGAUUUGAAGUAUUCUAGGUGUGUAUAUACAUACAAAGUGCAUAUUUGUGUGUACAUACGUAUAUAUAGGUAUAGAUGUAUAUAUGUAUAUAUAAGGUCUUUGUUUUAGGAAAUAAAAACAAAUAGGAAGGAAUGAGGAUAGAUACAUAUAAGCCAAUUAGCUUCAACCUACUCCUUUACGAUCUCCAAAAAAUAGAGAAUUUCUUGCCUAAAGUUGUACUGUAUGUAUAUUUGAUCGAAAAAACAAUCUCUCUCUCGCUCUCUCUCUCUCAUCUUGAAAAAAAAAUUUGCUGUAAACUGGAGGUAAUGUGCUCCUCUAAUUUACCCUCCUUUCUUCUUUUAGGUGAAAGAUCUGGUGGCUAGGAUCUACACCAAGUGGCAGAUGCUCCUCCAGAAGACCAAGCCUUUAAAUGUACAGCAGUGACACACUAUUAUAUCACUAUUAUACUUGUUUUUAUAAUUGUUAUGUUUUAAAGCUCUCUUCAAGGGUUUGCUCUAACUCUGGCUAUUUCCCGCCUGCAGGGUAAGCUGUAUGAUUAUUGGCAGCCCUUGUCUGUGGAUACUUUGAAAAGCAGCCAAGAAGACCAGGAGGCGAAAAACGAUGAAAGAGAAGAGGCUGAGGAGAAGGAAGCUAGUGGAGCUGAAGAAAAUGAGGAAGAAAUGAUGGCUGAAGAGGAUGAGAAGGACGAGGGAGACGAUGUGAUGGAUGAGCCAAACAAGACAGAGGAUACCGAGCGUUGUUUCCAUAACAAAGGGAAGCUUGAGACAGGGGCACACACAGAGGCUAUGAAGGAGGAGUGUACUGAGGCCAGGACUGAAAAUAAUGUUGAGUCUGGAGGCAGCUCUCAGAGUAAUCAAGCCGAGGUCGGGGAUUAGUGUCAAAGAAAUUUUGUUUGUUUUCAGGCUUGAUUUCUGUUCGCCUUAAUGUUAAGCUCAAUUUGCACUAUGAGGCAAUCUCAUGCCUCCAAGUUUGAUUGUCAGUACAGAUUUUGACUGUACACUGAGAAAUAAAGCCACUUUGGGAGAGAACCUGUCUGUUCAGGACGUAGACCUCAUCUUUGUUUUGCUCAGUGCUGCUCAAGAAACAAAAUACUGUUUCACUUUCGUUUUAAUGUAAAAAAAAACAUGUUUGUGUUCUAUUUAAAUCAUUUUAAGAGUGUGCAAUCUAUGAAGUUUUCAGUUGUGUGUCUAUUACAUUUGUAUCCCAAAAGGAUGUUGGUAAAACCCGUUUAUGUUAGAGAUGGUUUUUUUUACAUUGUUGGGGGAUCAGCCAUCUUUGUUGAGUUAAAAUUUGUUAUUUUUACUGUGUUACUUUUUACUUUUUUUUUGCUCCAUAAACCAGUAACUGAAAACAAUUAUUUUGUAUGUGCUGCACAUAACCCUAUAGUGGAUAUGUGUCCAAAUGUAUCCUUGUCGUUUAUCUCAUUUUACUCUGGGGCACUUGUUUUUUUGUUAAAACAAAGCACUGUUAAGAUGAAUACCUGCCUGUUAAUAGUGCUUAACCUUACAUUUUGUCAUUUUCACAAUCGACUUGUGUAUAAAACAUGUCAACUGUCUCUUAAUACCAAGUAAUUAGUUCUCUUUGAUGACUGUUUUCUACCCACAGUAGUUAUAAACUUUGUUGAGCUCUUCUUCAGCUCUCAUGCUCAAAAAAGAAAACCGGUUAAUGAUGUUAAUACUUUGUUCUGGUGAGAAAGUUUCUGAUUUAUAAGUGAGAUUUUCUGUCAGUGAAAUGUCAAUAUACGUUUCUGACUAACAUGUUGCCAAGUAAUAUUUUGUUGAUUUAUUUUUAUAAAUUCACAGGUUUGUGAUUUUUGUUAAAUAAACUGCAUUGGAAAUGUUUUUUGAAGUAUUCAAAUGACUUAUUUUAUAGUUACUGUUUCUAAAUACAAUAAAACUUGACCCGUAAGCUUAAAUCUAGAACUUUACAAAGAGCAGAGUAAAAACCGACACUGCACAGUUCACGGUUAUCAUUCGUCAAUAUUCGUAUCAGAAGCAGAAAAUCAGAUUCGGCUCUGACUUCGGUUCGGCUGUUGUCGGUUUAACGCACUCCGCCCCACUUUCACACGGUUGCUAGGCGACAGUAGUCAGGUGACUGUCUGCAGACAGAACAUGGCUGACCUGUCAGAAGACCAAUGAGGAGAAGACCAAAUUUAGCAUAAUCGAUCUUAUUUUUCACGCUUUACCGACCGCCGUUGAUCGUCGUGGACAGCAGUCGACCACAGGCAUUCAAGGUAAGUGCGUGGGCGCUUAAACUCGGGUGAAAAUCGUCCUGCGUGUCGCUCGUUACAGCUCGGGCUAACGGUGGAGUCGGCUUGCUAAGUUAAGCUAGUUAGCUGCUAGCCAAACAGUCCCCCGCUUCCUCCAGCAGAUGAGGCUUUUCUGAACGUGAAAACUCGCAGAAGGAAACAGGAUUGCGCAACUUUGGAUGAGUAAUUUUGUAACGUUAGUGACAGAGCAGCCGCCGACUGUGUUGAAGUGUUUUAACGGCUUUUAAGUUGGUGGAAGACAUCGGAACUAAAGAAGAAUUUUUGAGUGCUAUUCAAGUGAUUGGAGACCAACGUCAGUACACACACACACACACACACACACACACACACACACACACACACACACACACACACACACACACGAUAAACACACACACACACACACACACACACACUGACCCCACUGUAAUUCAGAGGAUCAGCGCUUUGUAUUGUGAGAUUUUAGUCCACUGACAGAAUAAAAACAUGAUCAUCAUGCCUGACAGAGACUCUAUUCAAACCUUUGGAUCGGGAGCAGUCCUUCAUAUUGAUUGUUUAGUGAGCCGGAGAUAUCGUCCAUGAUUUAUUCAGACCAGCUGAUAGUCCUGAUUCUGUGGGGACAUGCCAAAGUCCUGUUCCAGUCCUAACACGCUGUAUCUACCAUUGUUUUCAAGAUAUCAGAGCUUGAUAAAGAACCAAGGUAAAAAAAAAAAAACAUAAAUAAAGGUAAAAAAAACCAAGCACCGAUAAAUCGGUCGGCCGAUCGCUCGGCGCCGAUUUCCUCAAUUUGGGGUGAUCGGCUGAUCCUUACACAUAAAACCGAUUUUAUCCACCGAUCUUAUCUACCUCAGCAAAGGUCUGAAGUCAGCCUGUAGCUUUUUGCUUUUGCUAGAAUGACAGGCCCGCCCACCAGUUUAGUUUGUCCUGUAGAUUAUUAUUUCACUAACUUCCUCAAACCUUGUGAUUUCCUUUAUUUGUAAAAGCCGAAUACUGCUGUGCACUUUAUUUUGGUAAGAGGCUCAAAACAGGCCUGCAGUGUGAUCUAUUGUGCAAGUAUUAUUAAUUUUUUAAGAUGUGUAAAAUACAAGACGAAAGGAACUGAUAUAAUGUAGUAGUUCAGACAGAAAUAUUCAACAUAAAAGCACAGAUUUUGGAGUGAUUUUAAUGUUUUAAUGUUGUGAAGAAUCAUGAUUUGAAUCUGUAAUUGUAUUUAUUAUUAAUUAAUUGUUGAAAUAUAAUUGUAUUGUGACCCCAGGAAGACUAGCAACCACUUUUGAGAGAACUACCUAAUGUGCAGUUAAAACAAUCACAAAAAGGUUUGUGUUGUUCCACAAGUAGUGUUUAAUGUUUUUCAUUUAAAUAAGUUCGGAGCAUCGAAGGUGUAUAUUGUCAGUUAUUAAAUAAAAAAGGUAUCGGCCAAAAUCAGUAUCAGCAGGUUAAGCUUUUUAAAGAUCGGUGAUCAGUCAGAAUAUUGUGAUCGGUGCACCUUUAGUUUUUAUACACUUGUUUUUCUGUUGGGCUGAUCUUGCAUAUUGUGUGUUCAGUCACUCAUUCAAACAUUCAAAUGCAUGUAUUAAAUUAAUCCAGCUUGAAGUUUUACUGCAUUUAUUAUUUUUUUAAUUCUUGUUGAAAAGAGUUAGUACAUUAACAACAAUCUGAUUGCAGAUGAGCGAGUUUCAGGAGGGAAUAACAAACGGCCCGAGCAGGGGUAAACUCUUUCAAAAUGAUGCUCAGAUCUGGGAGAGACCGUGGACUCUUGAAGAGAUGCGGCAAAGCAGUGCCAACUGGUCCCUGGCAGCUGACUCAGGAGUAAGACCCUUCAAUACCCUGUUUGUCUUACUGUCUCAUCAAUGCUUUAAAAUGAACUACUCAUAAUAAAGAUUGAUUUGCUGUGGUAGAUGAAUAAAACAAACUUAACACCUGUGUGACGGUUUCUGUUUUUGUUUCUCGUCAGCUCUUUCUCUUCCUCCAAGACUUCUCCCAGAGGAUGUUGUCAAAGACGCAUGAGAUUGAAAAGCAGAUGGACAGCCUGAUCCGAGACACUAAGGCCACAGACAGCUGCUUGCAUUCUGUCUUCAACGACUUCCUCAUGCUUUCAAACACACAGUUUAUAGAAAAUGUAAUGUCCAUUAAUUAUUUCUUUUGAGUUCUGCUUCAGUCUGCUAGUGAUUAUUUAGUCUUCUUGUUUUUUUAAAUUACGAAGCCCAAACUGUUGCAGGGUGUCCUGUAAUAAAACCUAAUGUUUUAUACUCUGUCUAACAAAAUGGUCGUCUUACAUUGUGUCCUGUUUCAGAGAGUGUACGAUGAGGAAGUGGAAGAGACGAUUUCCAAAGCUGAAGCUUUUGAGAAGCAGCCAGAGCAGGUAAAAAUCAACGAUCCUUCCUACCUCUAACCUUUGCCAGCAUUGUUUUACUUUCCCAAUGCUUUCCAGGGUUAGUGUAAUAGGGCCCUUUAUAAAUUAUGUGCAUGCCUCUAUGUUUCUCCUUUUAAGGAGAAGACUCGAGAGCAGAAAGAGGCCGAGUUGAUCCCAAAGAUGCAGGAGGCUGUAAACUACGGUUUGAGUGUGCUGGAGUCGGCCUUCGAGCAUCUGGACAUCAAAGCAGGAAACUCUGACUCAGAGGAUGACGACCUCACAGACAGAGUGGAGGCCAUCCUGGAGCCGAAGGUUCGCUCUUCAUCUUUGAUUUAGGAAAACCGCAGUUACUUUAGAUGUGCCAAAAAUGAUAUGUGUUUGUCUUUGCUCUCGUUUUUCAGGACCUUUAUGUGGACAGGCCCCUUCCAUACCUGAUUGGCUCCCAGGCCUUUAUGGAACAGGAGGAUGUAGGACUUGGUGACCUCUCCAGUGAUGGUAUGAUGCUUAUUGUAGCUUCUACAUGUCCUCAUUCAAUGUGUUAUUUUGUCUAAACAUGUGUGCGUGAUUAUCUUUGCAGAGAUGUCGGUUGACAGUGACAGAGACAGUGUGAUUGAGAGUGACGAAGGAAAAGAAGCAGACGUAAGAAACAGAGAAUUUGAACUUUCACUUUGGUAUCUUGGUCAGGAAAAUCCUGCCUAAUUCUUUCCAUGUGUUUUUUUCCUUUUUUUUUAAAAUAGCAUUCUGAUGAUGACUUUAUUCAGGAGGAGGAUGAAGAUCACAGUAAUCUCAAGAAGGUAAGCUUCAUGCCCAGCAACACUACAAACAUUUCAAAUAGAGAAAUUCAUCAUCCUAAAAUCCGCCCCUUCAUUUACGCAGAAGACGUCUAUGUUGAGUUACGAUGAUGAUGAAGAGGAGGAGGACGAGGAUUCAGACAUAUUUGGAGAAUCUGACAGGGAUGAUGAUGAAGACUCAAAGGUAACACUUUUAAUUAAGAGGUGAAACUCUUUGGAUUUGUGGUUUUAUGUGUGGCUUCAUGAUGUCUUAAUGUCGCACUCAGAACACAGGCCCAUCGUCUUUCGCUGAUGAGCUCGCCGCCCGAAUCAAAGGGGAACCAAUCAAAAAGCCGGAGGGAGAUCGAGCCUGUAAGUCACCGUUAUCAAGCCACUUCUAGUGUAUCAUCCCCUUUUUUAAAUUUACAUUUCACGUUUUUUUCACUCUUUACACAAAAUAGCAAGAACAUUUACAUUUGAAUGCCAAGGGCCAUUUUGCAUGUGCAUGCUCAUGGGUUUUGUGUUUGUCGAAAGCAAUAACAUCUAAGAAGAAGACUAAAGGCAGAAAGGAAACAAAGGCCGUAAAGCCUCAGGGUAGGACUUCCAUCUCUCAUCAAAAACAAACAUUCAAAUAUUAUUUUUGCUUAAUUUCGCAUGAGUCAGCCCCACUGUAGGUCCAUUGAAUUUUUUCUUCUACUAAUACUGUUUAUGUGAACUGGAACAGCAGCUGAAGAGGACAGCGAUGACAUAUUUAAGCCACCAAAGAUGGAUGAAGACGACCUCUCUCCAUUUGGAGGGAAAAGUGGCCUCUUCAGCGGAGGCAAGGGUCUGUUUGAUGACGAUGAUGAGGUACACUCGGCCAAAUGACUGUCAUAUUUCUUUCUUACUCAGUUCAGGGUCGUGUUACAGUAACUCUUGGCUGCAGCCGUAAUUUGAUUUUGGCUGUAUGUGCUCUGCCGUUCAGGGUGAUCUUUUCUCUGAGGCACCCAAACCUCCUGUAUCUGAAGAGAAAAAAGCUUUGAACGAAAGCUUUAAAACCCCAGCUCAGCCUCCAGGUAAGAAGCUUUGGUGGCCACUUUACAGAAAUUAGUUUGUAUCCAGAUGGUGUUCAAAGUUCGAGGGGAAAAAAUGACCAGAAAAUUGUCCCUUUUUCAGAAUCUGACAAACCUGCAAAGAAGAUCCCAGCCGGCGCCGUUGCAAUAUUCCCCGGUAAAAGCAUCUACUCAGAUUAAUUUGUAUGACAGCUCAUGAAACUUCCUUGUCUUCUUCAUCCUCCUUGACUAAAUCAAAUCUGUCACUCUCCAGAUAACAACCUGUUCAGCUCAGAGAACGACUCUGAUCCAGUGGAGAACAAGGAGAACGGCGCCGUUCCCAAACAGGCUCCCACGGCAGCUGGGGUUGCAGGAGGAGGAGGAGGAGGAGGUGGGCUGUUUGAUGAUGAGGAAGACGAGGAUGAUGACUUCUUCAGCGGUAAAAGCCUGAAGAAACCUGAACCUGGUAAUUAUCUGAGAACAGGCUCUUAAGUUUUGCUGCUGCUUACGUUCCAGGGAGUUGAUUGUUUUUCCUUCCCUGUCAGCCGUACAAGAGAAACCCAAAGCCAAGAAAACUGUGGAUCUCUUUGAUGAAGAUGACGAGGAUGGGGACAUAUUCAGUGAGAAGAACAGCGCACCUGCUCCAGCUCAGAACAAGAAGGAGGUGGUGGAGGAGCAGGUGAAGCAUCCUGAGAAAAAGGUAAAGAUAAUCACAUGCCUAAUAAUUAGCAUUUACCAACAAUGAAACACAAAAGUUAUGACAUUAUGGAAAAUUAUAGAUAAUAAAUGAUUACUUUUUGAAUUCCACUAAUCUACCAAAAUGAACAGGCUUUGUCAAAUCGGUCACAUUUCCCUUCAUUAGUUUAAAAUCUUUAGAAACAUAUUGAGCAAACGUGACCGGCUAACCCGCUAACACAGACUCUUAAAGGGAUAUUCUGGCAUAAAAUUAAGUUAGGGUCAAUCGAAUGAAUGUAAAGCGCUUUGAGGUCACUGAUAAAAAGCUCUAAAAAAAUCUGAUGCAUUGAUAUUAUUUUUAAGAAUAUGAUACAUUAUCUUUUAUGUCUUGUGGAAGAAAAAGGAUCUUUUCAUGUGUUUUGUUCAGCUGCCAGUCGGGGCCAUCUCCAUGUUCGGUCCAGGAACUAAAAGCUUGCUGAUCGAGGGCCUGAAAAAACGCCAACAGUCGACCAGCGAGGAAUCUGAAAAAUCUGAAGAGGUCUGAAAAGAGUAUUGUCUAACAAUAUACACCGCACAAAAUCACAUUUGGUGUGUUUUCUCAGGUUAAGUGGCAGCCUCUGCUCUGAGAAAGACAAGAGUCUGUUCAGCUUCAAUCACCACACUGUGUGCGCAGACGGUGUCGUCCAUAUGAUGAAAGGUUUUACUCUGCGUUUUAACACACACUGUGGACCUACCUCCAGAGCUCUCACAGUCACACUCUGUUUGUAUGGUCUUGCCUGCUCUUACAAUCCCUGAGACGCUCAUUUUCAGACAUGGUGCCAUUAAAUGAACAGACCCAUCUGAGGACGGCAUAUUGAUGUUUGCUCAGAGCGCCGCCAUCGCGCGCAGUCUGAGAAAAUGCCAAAUUCGAUUAAGUUUUGAGUGAAGUGCUGGCCUUUUACUCCUGUUGACACGGUUCAAUUCCCUUGAGUCUGGGCCCUUUUUUCUUUCAAAACUAAACCCUGUUCUCCUCAAAAGAAGGUUCAGCUUUGAAUCGAAUUUCCAUUUUCAUGUUGUGCUUUCAGAACGGUGUCGCCCCAGAUGCUGGGAAGGCUGCUGUCAAGCCCACUCCGAAACCUCAGAGCAGAAGUCUUUUCUCUGAUGACGAAGACACGCCGGUAAACCUCUCAAUCCUCACCACAAACAAAUGAGUCUCCAGAUUCAGUCACUCUUAUCUUUACUGCAUUUAUAUCUGCCCUCCACAGGCAUUUCCAACCAUUCCUAAGAGCCAGUCCAAACCUGAGCCUACGAGCCAGAACAAAAGCAGCAAGGCGCCUCUUUCAUUGUUUGACGAUGAGGAGGAUGAGGUGAAAAUAAUGUUACACACUUAUAUUCCUCAUUCUUACUAUAUAUUCAAUCACGGACAAUAAUCAGUUCCUUCAUUUUUGCAGGAUCUGUUUGCAUCUGCAGCUAAAUCUAAACCUAAACCGACUCAAGCUAAAGCCUCUGCACCUCAGCCCAGUAAGGCUGUGUCCGGCUCCCUCUUCAGUGAUGACGAGGUAUGCGUGCGAGUGUAUUAUUUUGUUCUGCACAUUAGAAAGGUCAUUGUAACGGAUUGUUCUCCUGGCGUGUUUUAUCGGCAGGACCAGUGGAUUAGUUCUAAAAGCAGCCCUGAGAAGAAGCCAGAGGUCAAGACAGGAGGGAUGAAGCCCAGCGUCAGCGCUCCCUCCAGCCUCCCCAGUGCCAAAACGUCUCACAAAAGUAGCCUGUUUGACGACGACGACGAUGAUCUGUUCGCUCCAACAAAAGAGACGAGGUAUUUCCCUUUCACAGCACGGGAAAAAAUAACUCUCAUCAUACUUUACAGGAUUUAACUUUUCCCUUGUAACAUCUUGUUAUUUUGCUCCACACACAGUCAGAAGAAACCUCAGAGAGUGGCUCUCUUAUUUGAGGAUGAAGGUGAUGAAGAUAAAGGAUCUCUUUUUGACAUCAAACCUACAGUCAACACAAACACUGCAGCCCCAGCGUCUAAAGUAAGACCGCUAACUUCUUUAUUGUCUUUCAAAUAGUCGCUGAAUUAUUCUCGUUCUGAAUCUUCCCUUCUUAAAGUUUUGAAAGUUUAUUUAUAACCUCAGAGGGCCAAGAAAUUAUCCCAAAAUGGUCAUUUAAACAAAAAUCAUAAAACAGUAUUUUGAGACAAAGAUGUAAUUUGUUGCGUGCUUAUUUUCAGACGCCGGUUGCGGCCCCUCAGUCGUCCUCUGUGACGGAGAAAUCAGAGGAGGUUUCAGUGUCCACGACAGACGACAAGCCUCCAGAGCAAGUAAAACCAUCUGCCCCCGAGCUGCCCCCGUCAUCGUCGCCCUUGCUGCAGAGCAGUGACGGUAAAAAGAAACCGGCUGGAGCGGUCAGUCUUUUUGGUGGAAUUGACAUAUUUGCAAGCAAGCAGACGAAGAGCCCGCUGGAUGAAAGCGAUCAAGACGACGGCUUCCUCACCAAAGAGAGCCCACCGGCAGCUGUGAAGAAGGAGGAGAAGAAAGAGGAGAAAGUAAAAACCGUCAGUUUGUUCGAUGACGACGAGGUGGAUGAUUCAGACUGGAACGACUCCAUAUUCACUCCCAGUAAACCCACUACAAAAAACACACUAAAGGUUUGUUUCUUUUCUGAUACCUUUAAAAAAAAAAGUCUGAUAGCAUUAGCACAAGGUUUUGUCCUCAAUAUGUGUAUUUUUUCCUUCAGUCCACAGAAGAACGAACACAGACGAAGAGCACAGGUGUGUUUCAGGAUGAGGAGCUGCUGUUCAGUCAGACGCAGCAGAAGGACAAUGACCCAGAUGUGGAUCUCUUCGCAACCUCAGGAAAAGCUUCGGUCAGUUUGGACCGACCUUCUUAUCUGUUUGAGUCUGCUCCUUUUUCUCUGCGGGUCACAUGUUUCAUGAGCUGCACACUGUGCUUGCGUGCAGAUGUGUUCCACUCAGCUAGGAGAGACACAUGACUGUGUUUUUCUUUUCAGAGCUCCAAGCUCAGCUCGACGAAGCCGGCAGCACAGAGUCUGUUCGCAGAUGACGACGAGGACGACCUCUUUGGGUCCAUCAAGCCGAAAGCCCCUCCUCCAGUAAACAUCUAAUUAUUUUGUUGUGAUUUAGAGUUAAGCUGAAUUUCUGCAUAACUCAGCCCAGAGUUCAAGUAGGAGGACUUUCAGCUCUUUGUUCUUUUGUCUAAUUCCAGAAAGUUGCAGAAAAACCCAGUAAACCAAACGACAGAGCGCCGUUAGCGAGUCCAGAGUCUGUAGCAGAGAUUAAGGUGAGAUAAUCUAAGGGUUUAGUGUAACUGAAGCACCAACAUGCAUGUUUUUGUUUUUAUUUUUUGAAACAUAGCACAUACGGCCAUUUGUUUUCUAUUAAGGGUUAUUAUUUCUUGUUUUAGCAGUUUUUUUAAUCAACCUUUUAAUACUGCGUGACAGACAAAUGUAGUUUGUAAGAGUCAGUGUCUGAUAAAAACAAGAGAAAUGCCAUCAUGUUUGAAGUUCUGAACCUGCUGUAAUCUGACCACACAGAAACCUGCUCCAAGUGUUGUAAAACCUAAAGAUUCCUCAUCAAGGAUUGGGAAACUCCAAGUAAUAUUUUUGUUUCUUUUGAAGUUCUUAAUAUCUGACAUUUCACCCUGAUUCCUCCUGAGGAAGGACUUUUCUGUUUCCACUUGAACAGUUUCCUUUUCUCUGGGCUUUGCUUUGACACAGACGCAUGACUUCCAAAAUGAAGACUGUCAUCAUUUGACUUUGAUUUUUCCAUCCUGGAAGAAUUCGCUCAUGUCAUGUCUCAGUUUCAUAAGAUGCAACUUCAUCUUGCUCUCGCCUCAUUUCCAUCCACAGUCUUGGCUUUAUUUUCCUUUGAAUGAUCUGCUGCUUGGGACACUGAGAAAGAGAGAGGCUGUAAAUGUGCCGUGUCGAGUCUUUCAAAUACCAAUAUCUUCAAAUCUUGAUUAAGUCUAAAGAGAGACCCGGGGAGGUUUUUGUCUUUUCUUCACCGUUGUAUCUGAUCUCAUAUUCAGGCCAAUCUGAUGAUCAACCCUGCUGCGUUGCUGCCUGGCGCUGUCCCCACGUUCCCGGGAGCUUCUCCUGGCACGGGCCCCAGUUCUUCUUCUGGUGUGUCCAGUUCCAGCCUGAGCCCCAGCCCGGUCACGACUCCUGUAGGCGCUCCGGCGGGCAUCGAGGGAGCCGUGAGCUUCGACACUCCAGUCCUAGUUUCGACGCUGCAGAGUGCACACAAGGUGGGUCUGGGUGAAAGUUAAUGUUAGUGGACUACAGGUAGGGCUGGGCGAUACGGGAAAAAGUUGAUCAUGAUAUGAAAAAUUACUUGUCAAUCUUAAAUGUUCCCUGUUACUCUUAAAACAAAUUUAACAGUUUAUUGGUAGCGUGUCUUUUGCAAUACAAUAAGCGACUGCAUCUGUGAGGUCUUUGUGUCUCUGACGUUUUGUCGUAAGGUGUUGUGCUAGAGAAAGCGGACUGAAUGGUCAGUUUAGCGUGGCGCAGACCCAGAGCAGCUCCUCUUUUCAUUGGCUAUUUGUAUUCUCUUCCAAAACAUGGCAGAAUACCGCCUAUCGAAAAGCAUAUUGAUUAUGUUUCAUAUCGAUAUCAAGGGGAAUUCAUUUUUGAUAUGGGGGGGCAGAGCCUUCUCCGCUGCCGCCCCCACCCUCUGGAAUUCACUCCCAAAACCCAUCGGAGACUGUACUGACCCCCACACUUUUAAAUCACCCCUAAAAACACCUUUUUAAACUGGCUUUUAACCUGUGAACUCUUCUUUUGUUGUCUUCUCAUAUUGUGUCUUUUUUAACCUUUUACAUCGUUGGUUUUAUUCAUCAAAGUUUUCCUGUAUUUUAAAUAGUGUUUUUUAUUUUCUUCUUUUCUCUGUAAGGCGUCUUUGAGCACCUGUUAAAGUGUGUUAUAAAUAAAAUUUAUUAUUGUUAUAUAUCAUUAUCGUUUUAUCGCCCAGCCCUAACUACAGGCAUGUGUUAUCUUCACCAUGGCUUACAACAAAAGUCUGCUCUGUGUGUCUUUAAGUCUCUGCAUGUUGGUUUACUUUUGUUAGAGUUGAUUCUAAAGGUGGGUAAUUAGUUAGAAAAAAAACUUGUCUUGGGUUUUUAUAUUUCUAAUAGAUCAGAUUUGCCUCCAGCUCAUGAACAGUCUGGUGCCCUCAGGGUUUCUGAUGUUGGCAUUUCAAUUAUCUUAAAGUUUGAGAGGUUUAGGAGUGUAUCAUAAAAAGCUCUGGCCUUACAUAGAGCUUCAUUGCAUUUCGGUCAUUUUUUAUCCAAACUAAUCUGAAAAUGUAUUUAAAAUAAAGUCCGAUUUUAUCGAUCCAUUGAUUGUUAUUGCAAAUCCUCUGUCCUGCAGAGCCGUGCCAAAGGUUCUGCACAGCGCCGACCCCAGUCCAGAGCGCGGCAAGGCAGCACGCAGCCCAGAGAUCUGCGGUGGAUGAAGAGCAGACUCGGAGUGAAAAUGUUCCUGACUCAAAUCCCAGUAUGUCUGGUUUAGUUUUACCCCCACCAGACAAGUCCAGUCAGGCCCCUGCUGGUCCAUCAUUACCAAGCUCAGCUGCACCUACAACCUUGCCCGCCUCCUCAAAUCCUCAACCUUCUGUCCCUGAAACCUCUCCAAGACCCUCUGCACUAACACUGCCAGUAUCCACAAUCAGUGAUAAGACAGACUCGAGUAAAGGCAGCAGUAGCACAAAUGUGCUGCCCCCUACUGAUGAGGACGACUUGUUUGGCUCUGACAGCCUGUUUGGUGUCACUAACUCAUCCUCCUCCAGACGAACUACCGAGACGACAGCACCUCCGGCCAGUAAUGACGUGGGACUGAAGAAAGACAAGGACAAAAGCACACUCCCAUCCAUUUUUGACGACAACACUGACGACCUUUUCCAAAACAUCAAGCCCAAGUCUACCACUAAAAAGACCAAAGCCUCAUCCUUUCUGGGGGAGGAUGACGAUGAGGACAUCUUUGGAGUGAGCAACAGCUCCACUCCCACAUCCACAAACAGUAAAGAGAUCAAGAACAGCAGCACUUUUUCUAAGCAGGACAUCUUCCAGGUACUUUAGAUUUCUUAUUGGCUGUAAAGCUGUCAGGGUUUUCUGUGCCUCCAUUCCUUUUCUUACUGGCUGUUUUUUUCCCCUCAGGAUGAAGUAACCGUUGUGCCUAAAGUUGAUAAAAAGCACAAAGAGAAGACGAUUGAUGCCAGCUUGUUUGACGACAACAUUGACAUUUUCGCUGACCUGACGGACUCGUUAAGGCCGAAACAGAAGUCCAAGACGAAGGGAGAGACCAAGUCCAUAUUUGAUGAUGACAUGGGUAAGCAAUGCAAACAAUACAAUGCAUGCAGGCGUUAGUGUUUUUAUUAUUCAGAAGUCAAUUUUUCUUUUCUGCAAACACAUUGAAAACCACAGCUGUGUUUGUGUAAAUGUAAAAAAAAAAACAAUCCUUAAAGCAAGACAGAUUAAAAUGGAAAUGACAAACCAAGACAGCAAAUAAAGAGAAGGGUUAGUGUCUUUUAACGCAGGUAUUUGACUCUGUCUGUUUCCAUCUCUCUCCUCCACAAAGAUGACAUCUUCUCGCCGAGCGUGGUAAAAGCAGUCACUAAAGCCCCCAGCAAAUCGAAGAAGACGCCGUCGCCUCAGGAGAUCAUUACGGCAGCCGAUUCGAGCGACAUCUUCGAUGAUCCGCUAAAUGCUCUUGGUGGGAACUGA